AGAGAGGCCAGGGUUCCUGUGUUGGUUGUCGGGGGAGGUCCUGUAGGGCUCACUAUGGCCCUGUUGCUACAGCGAUCGGGGGUUCCCACUCUUGUACUGGAGCAGCAGGCAGCAGCGACGUGCCUCCCGAAGGCGCACUACAUCACCAACAGGUCUAUGGAAAUAUGGAGGCAGCUGGGACAUGUGGACAGACUCGUGGAGGAGCUGUCGCCCAGUUUCAACGCAUGGAGGUCGUUCAUAUACACUGCACAGCUCACCAAUAUCCAAAAACACUACUUCGCCGCAAAGGACCAUUUCCAAGGAUGUGAGGAAGUACUGCUUUCAAAUGGCCAGGUUACUUACAAGGAGGACGUCAGCCCCUGCCGGAUGACCCAGCUCUCCCAAGAUCUUUUGUUGCCUCUUUUGUACAAGGAAGCAGCAUUAAGGGCUUCUGGAGACUUCUUUAAGAGCAAGGAAGAAGCAACAGCCGGGGAGGGAGAAAGGAGCAGCCUUCAGCUCUUACUCAAUGCCCGAUGGAUUGGUGCGAGACAGGAGAGUAAUAGAACUGGCACCACGGGUCCGGUGGUUUCCACGGUCGAGCUAACUGACGGCUCCGCAGGCCCUAAGCAUUUAGAGAUCACGAGUGACCUCCUGGUUGCGUGCGACGGGGCAAAUUCAAAAGUUAGGGAGUGGGGAAGAACACAUCUGGGUGGCCCCCCCACACUUCAGCGCUUCCUCAACAUUACAUUUAGAUCCAAAGAGCUGGCGGAAGCAAUACAGCAACAGGAAGGGCUUGCUGGGUCACCUGGUGGUGGAGUGAAUGACCGUCUUACGCACCAAGGAGUUUCCCCGAUUCGGGGCCACGGGUUCGAAGUGCUUCAACGCUACCGGAAUCGGGGAAUGUUGUAUUACGUGUUGGGCCCCCGUAUCAUUGGUGUUGUAGUGUGUCACUGUUUCAAAUCCGGCUUGUUUGUGGCUCAUAUCCCGUACUUUGAUUCUUCACGGAAAGGCUGUGUUGACGCCUGGGAGCAGAAAGACAUCCAUGGUCUAAUUAGAGAACUUGCAGGAAGGAACCUUAAUGAUGUGGAAAUUCAGGAUGCGAAAGGCUGGGAGAUGGCCGCUAAAGUGGCUGCUCAGUAUCUUCCGGACGGCCCCAAAACACAGGCUCACGCGACCGGGAGCCAGAGCCUUGAUGCACAGAGCGAAGCUGCUUUGUUUGAGACUUUUGAGGAAAACGGUGGGAAGGGGACGACCGUCUGGGGGCCCCUUAGAGGACGCGUGUUGCUGGCUGGGGAUGCAGCGCAUCGGUUGCCCCCCUCAGGAGGCCUGGGUAUGAAUUUGGGCCUCGCGGAUUGUCUCAAUGCAGCGUGGAAGGUGGCGCAAUCCUACCACCUACAGAAGGGACCGUUCGCCGUGCAGGACGCCCAACAGCAUCAUGAAGAACAAACUGACCCAGCAGGGAAGAUCCUGCGAAGCUACGAAGAGGAAAGAAAGCUCGUUGGCGAGUACACUUGCGAUGUCGCCCGCAAGAACUUUGCCUCUGGGCGGUGCAUCCCCGAGGCGUUGGGUUACGACUGGGAAACAGCAGGAAAAGCAGCACGAGGCAUCGCUGCCGUUACUGCUGCUGGAGCGUCUGCUGCUACAGCAUUAGUAGAAGCUAUUGGUCUUAAAGGACUUCGCGGUGCUGUCGAAGACGUUGCAAGCCGAACGGGAAAAGGGGUUAUGGAGCUUUUCCUUGCGCUGGGAAUGGCCCAAGCCUCGCUAAGGAUGUCUUUGAGUCCUGUGAAGGAGAAGCAGCUGAAGACUAUUGAGCUACUGCUAGGAAACGAGGAAACCAAUUUGGGACUAAAGUUUCAGGGAACAGAUCUUGGAUAUGCUUACACAGGCUCCUCUAUCAUGGGUGGCCAAGGGUCCCCCAGGCUGCAGGUGUCGGAGUCUGUCUCCCGGAUGCUGCCUACGUCGUCGAGGGGUGCCCGCAUCCCUCAUGCUCCCCUAACAGCCUUCCUGCAGCUGACUGAUAAAACGGAUCCGACAGCAUACUACCUUUCAACUGUCGAUCUUCCUGCCUUGGCCGUACCUGCCUGUUCCUACUGCCUCCUCUUGCUAUCUGAAGCCCAUGAGGACUGUCUGGUUGCUGCGCUGCAAAAGUGGAGAGACGCCAAAAGAGCAACAUUCGAUGCUAUAAAGCCUGCUGCUGCUCGGCGCAGAUACACACCAGCUGAUUUUGUCUUUGGGGUUACCUGGACAGCUGAAAAUGGGUCAUCAAACACAUGCCCGCCCCCCGUUGAUUUCCCACCCCCAGAAGAACCCUUCAAGCUUCGAUCAAGCGCUCUCGCCGUCUUAGGAUGUGGUCCUCCCGGAUCCAGGACGCGCAGCGGCUGGAAACGCGUAACAAGCUCAUCAGAUAUUCGAAGUAAAGUCGUAGCCCUGCACACUCGUACCCCAAUACCGUCGAAACACUUCAGGGCCAGCUCAGUUACUGGAUUGUCCCCCAAGAGCCUCUCCGUACUCUGUCACACUGUAGUUAUUAAGGCUCCCCCUAUUGAAUACUGUCGACCCAUGUUUUUUUGCGUCUUUAUGUCCAGAAUCAUUUGCUUCUACUGUAAAAUUCCCACAGCGACCGACAGAGCGCGCUGA